AUGGGCCGCGGCGGGGCCGUGGCGCUGCUCUGGCUGGCGGCCGCGCUGUGCCAGCUGGGCACGGGCAGCGCCCUCCGCCGCCGGCCGCACGCCGCCGGGGUCCCGCAGCGGCGGCUGAGCGGCGGCGAGCGGCGGGACGUGCAGCGGGAGAUCCUGGCCGUGCUGGGGCUGCCCGGCCGGCCCCGGCCCCGCGCCCCCGCCGCCGCCGCCGCCGCGCCGCUCUUCAUGCUCGAUCUGUACCACGCCGUGGCCGGCGAGGAGGAGGAGGAGGAGGAGGGUGAGGAAGCGGCGGUGUCGCGGCCGGUGCUCACCGGGCUCAGCACGCAGAGCCCCCCGCCCGGCAGCGUCGUGAGCCGCGCUGACACCGUGGUCAGCCUCGUUAAUAUGGUGGAGCAGGACAGGGACCUUUUGUCGCCCAAGCCCUACUGGAAGGAGUUCAGGUUCGACCUGACGCAGGUGCCGGCGGGAGAGGCCGUGACGGCCGCCGAGUUCCGAAUUUACAAAUCCCGGGGCGCCGUCCCCAGGCACGGCAACAGCAGCCUGCACGUCAGCAUCUACGAGGUGGCUGCACAGCAUUCCAACAGGGAAUCCGACCUGUUCCUGCUGGAUGUGCAGGAGCUGCGCGCUGGGACGGAGGGCUGGCUGGUGUUUGAUGUCACAGCUGCCAGCAGCCACUGGGCAGUGGAGCAGAAAUACACCCUGGGGCUGCGGCUCUACGUGGAGACGGAUGAUGGGCACAGCGUGGAUCCGGGCUCUGCCGGGCUCCUGGGGCGAAGGGGACCCCGCUCCAAGCAGCCCUUCAUGGUGACAUUCUUCCGGGCCAGCCCCAGCCCCUCCCGUGUCACACGAGCAGCCAAACCCGCCAGGAGGAGACAGCACAAGAAAUCCAACGACCUCCCGCACCCAAACAAGCUCCCAGGGAUUUUUGAUGUUGUGCACCCCACGGAUGGGCGGCAGGUCUGCCGGCGCCACGAGCUCUACGUCAGCUUCCAGGACCUUGGCUGGCUGGACUGGGUGAUUGCUCCACAGGGAUACUCAGCCUACUACUGCGAGGGGGAGUGCGCAUUCCCGCUGGACUCGUGCAUGAACGCCACCAACCACGCCAUCCUGCAGUCCCUGGUCCACCUGAUGAAGCCUGAGGCCGUGCCCAAGGCGUGCUGUGCCCCCACCAAGCUCAGUGCCACCUCUGUCCUCUACUACGACAGCAACAACAACGUCAUCCUCAAAAAGCACAGGAACAUGGUGGUGAAAUCCUGCGGCUGCCACUGAUGGACAGGUCCCAUCCCUGCCCCUGGAUGUCCCUUUCCCACCCCUGAGUGUCCCAUUCCCACCCCUGAGUGUCCCAUUCCUGCCCCUGGAUGUCCCAUUCCCACCCCUGAGUGUCCCAUUCCCACCCCUGAGUGUCCCUUUCCCAUCUCUGAGUGCCCCAUUCCCAUCCCUGGAUGUCCCAUUCCCACCCCUGGAUGUCCCUUUCCCACUCCUGAGUGCCCCAUUCCCAUCCCUGGAUGUCCCAUUCCCACCCCUGAGUGUCCCAUUCCCAUUCUUGAGUGUCUCAAUCCCAUUCCUGAGUGUCCCAUCCCCACCCUGGAUGUCCCAUUCCCACUCCUGGAUGUCCCAUUUCCAUCCCUGAGUGUCCCAUUGCCAUCUCUGGAUAUCCCAUUCCUGUCCAAGUGUCCAACUCCCAUGCCUGGAUGUCCCAUUCCCAUUCUUGGGUGUCUCAAUCCCAUUCCUGAAUGUCCCAUCCCCACCUCUGAGUGUCCCAUCCCCAUUCCUGAGCGUCCCCUCCCAUUCCCACCAGAGCAAUGUGACCCCAGGUUAUGCAUGGAACAGGAGCAUUGUGGGCUGCAGCAGAGCAAAAUCCAUCAAUAAUAAUAAUAAUUAAUAAUAAAAUCCAAAAAUAAACCCCUCCCACCCCUUUCUAGAAGUGGAUGUAAAUAAUAUAAAACUUCCUUUUUCUUGUCCUGCUUGAUGACACACAGAUAUAUACAAACAUAUAUAUAUAUAUAUUUAGGAAAGAGAGGAUUUUUGGCUGAUUCUGUUUUGUCUGUGACUGAUGAGCUUUCCCUGUGCUGGAGGCAUUUUUGGGGGGCAGGCAGCAUCCAGGUUUCUCUGGGACUGAGCUGUUUCUAGCUGUGUAUUUCUCCACUAACCCAUCUCUACCCAAGUGCUUUUAAUUCCCUUAAUGAAAAUAUCAUCAGCCAAUUAAGCAGCUGGCUGACUAAACCCCCUCCUGUUUACCCAAAGUUCACCAAACUCAGCCAGCUGGAAAAAAAAUAAAAUAUCCAUAUUGAGCUACA